AUGGCGUCCUCACCACCCUCCUCUUCGUCUUCCUCCGAAGAAGCCACAACGAGCAGCAACGGCUCGGCAUCAGUCCAGUUCUCCAAGUACUCCAGGCGAGCCACCCUCCGCUCCGUCGUGGGCCGCCCCGACGGUGGCCUUGGACUGUCUGGCAAGCGCGCCGUAGUCGGCGGCUGGGUGAAGUCCGCCAACGUCGUCAAGGCGAAGCGCGGUGGCGGCGCCAUGUCGCCGCCGAGGAUGCCCGCGACGGAGACGACAGGCCUGACGUGCACGGAGGUGCUCAUGGCAAGAGUGCCGCUCAUCCGCUGCAUCGCCAAGCUGAUCGCAGGCGCUUCCACCGUCGACAAAGCCUCCUUUUCUGUCUCCUACAAGUUGGGUCCCGUGACCGCGCUUGUGCGCAUCAACGACGGGUCAUGCGUGCCCGACCUCCAGAUAGUAGUGGAUUCUUCUCUGUGCCCUCUUGAACAAGUUACUGCGAUUGGAGCUUCUGUAUUGGUCGAAGGCAAGAUAGAACUUGUGGAAGGAAAAAACCAACAGCGUGUUGUCGAGCUCAGAGUGGACAAAGUGCUGCACAUAGGAGCUGUCAAUAUCGACAAGUAUCCUCUGCCAAACGUGGAGUUGUUGCCUCCUGAUGAACUUAUCAAGGACUACCCGCACACCUCCAUGUUGUUCAUGCAGAUGGCUUCAGCUGCUCGUGUACGAAGUGAAAUGGUCCAUGCUGCGCAUACGUUUUUCCAGACCAAUGGGUUCUUCCAUGUGAACACCCCAAUCAUAACAACCACUACGGUUGCAGGAGACCGCAGAAAAAUGUUCCGUGUAAUGCGGCCUACAAGUAAAUCGGAUAACAGGGCUAUCACACCUGAAGUUGUUAGAGCUUCCAUCAAGGCGAAGACGAAGCAAAUCGAGGCGCUGGAGCGAAGCGAGAGCAACAAGGAAGCGCUGGAAGCUCCUGAACUGGACCUUCAGAGGGCGAGUGAGCUUGCACAGCAAUUAGAGCAGCAAGGAAGUGCAGACUUCUCCGAUGACUCCUUCCAGCAUCCACUCUAUCUUUCACCUGAUCAUACACUUCAUCUUGAGACCUAUGCUUGCGCGCUAAGCAGCAUCUACACAUUCAGCCCAGCGUUCCAGGCUGAAAGCUUGGAGCCUAACAAGCACCUGGCCGAGAGAUGGACCAUCGAUGCGGAGCUUGCCUUCGCAGAACUUGAGGAUGCAAUAUCCUGCGCCGUGGAUUACCUGAUGUGGCUUCUGUGCACAGUAUCUAAGAAUUGUUCAGAUGAGCUCAAGUUUCUGUCGACAAAGGAAAAUAAUGGAAAAAAUUUCCAUAUCAAUUCUGUAGUGUCCAGCCCCUGGGAAAGGAUUACCUACAAUGAAGCUGUGAAUACCCUUCUUCAGGUAAAAGAUAAAUCAUUUGAAGCCAAAGUAGAGUUGGGCAUGCCACUUUCACUUGAACAUAUGAGUUAUCUAGUUGAUGACUAUUACAAGAAGCCAGUGAUCAUAUAUGAGUAUCCCAAGCAACUGAAGCCAUUUUAUGCACGUCUCAUGGAAGAUGAGACAAAAGUAUCUGCGUUUGACAUAGUAGUGCCAAAGGUUGGUAUUGUAGCUUGCGGAACUCAAAAGGAGGAGAGGAUGGAUAAAUUAACAGCCAGGAUUGAUGACUUAAGUCUUCCACGUGAUCAAUUGGAAUGGUAUUUGGAUAUCCGCAGGCAUGGCACCGUAAAGCACUCAGGAUUCAGCAUGGACAUGGAGCAGCUCAUCUUGUUGGUCACUGGCCUCGACAAAUAGAGAUAUCAAACCGUUCCAAAGAACCCAAGGCAAAUGCUAAGAUGUAAAGCAGUUAGAUAGGUGAUAGUCUCAGAACGGUGAAAUUUGAACCAUGAUUGAGCUGCUCACUGCGGUAAAUGUAUGCUAUUGUUCUCUUCUUAUGGGGUUCCAUACUGGAACACUACAAAGUAUUU